AUAACUUCGCCCUGUAGCUUGAACUCGGAUAUGCUGACUUAUUAACACAAAUUCCCCUAUUUUUAAUCACUCUUUGGUCGGUCUGUGGUCUCGCAUUUGCAAGUUUUCACUAUGAAAUAAUGAAACAAAACGACGAGGGAACAGUUUUUCACACCGUCGCCAAGCCGCAGCCCCCCCGGGGUUCCUCAAUGACGCUGCCUCUGUUGAGGCUCCAAUUUGUGAAGAAGCAAACAGCGGGAUGGAGAAGGACGGUGUUUUAACUGCCGAGAUGGUCUCCAGCUGUGUCUCCAACCUUGGCCGCUUCAACACUGGGCUGCAGCACUCAUACCACCACCUCUCUCUGCCUCGUCAAAAUCUGAGUGACAUCUCCAUUUUAUGCAACUACAUCUAUCUCCAAAAGCUGGAACUGCCGCACAACAAAAUCAAAGAUUUAUCCUGUGUGAGCCACAUGCCCUACCUUGUCAUCCUGGAUAUUUCUCAUAAUGAAAUCUCCAACUUCUUUGGAUUCCAGCCACCCAAGAAUCUUAAGGAAGUCAAUUUUUCCCACAACCGUCUGACAAAACUGAAAGAUUUGUCAGCCUACUCAUCUCUUACUAAACUGGAUCUGGACUACAACUGUCUUAGUGAGAUAUUUGGUCUGGAGCAAUGUUGCCAGCUCACCCAUCUUAGCCUGGCGCACAACAAGAUCUCAAGGAUCAGUGGACUGGAAGCUCUGCCUCUCACACACCUUUGCUUGAGGGGAAACCAGCUGGAGAGGAUAGAAGGGUUGGAGAGUCUGAAGAGUCUGCAGGUUCUUGACCUGUCUAUGAACUGUAUCACCAGUCUGUCUGGCCUCCAGAAUCUCCACCUGCUUGGCUCAAUCAAUCUGGAGAAAAAUCUGAUUAGUGAAAUCCAGGAGUGCAAACACAUUCAUGACCUUUUCCUCCUGAGGGAACUCAACCUGCAGGGAAACCCUGUUCAGGAGCAACCAGGUUAUAGACUAGCAGUCGUCUUCCUCCUUCAACAUCUGACUGUGCUGGACCAAAUGAAAGUCACAGUGGAAGAAAAGGUGUCAUCAGUAAACAAGUAUGACCCUCCUUUGGACGUGGUGGCAGCCAGAGACCACAUGAUCCACCUGGUGUAUCAGCUGAUGCAGCCUCAGGUGCUCUAUGACAGCACUUUGCCCAGUGCAGACUCCCCAUACCCCAUGCUGGUUCUGACUGGUCCUCAAGGCUGUGGGAAGAGAGAGCUUGCCCACAGACUGUGCCAGGAGUUCAGCGAAUACUUCGCCUAUGGAACCUGUCACACCACAAGGAGGCCCUACUUUGGAGAGGAGAAUGGAAUUGAUUAUCAUUUUGUCAGUGAGGAAGAUUUUCAGAACAUGAUACACAUGGGUAAGUUUAUCCAGACCAUGCAGCACGGGGGUCACAGGUAUGGUCUGACCAGAGACGCCGUAGAGGAUGUAGCCAGAGAGGGACUCGCCUGCUGUGUGCAUAUGGAGCUAGAGGGGGUGUUCAGUCUGAAGAAAAGCUGCUUCGAGCCUCGAUACAUCCUGCUCAUCCCCACCAAGGUGGAGAAAUACAUGGACCAGCUUAAAAGCCGUGAUCUGUAUACCCAAGCACAGAUUGAUACGGCUGUGUCACGUAUAGAGCUCUAUGCCAAUACCAACAGGCAAAGGCCUGGAUUCUUCGACAAUGUUAUCCCCAGUGAUGACUGUGAAGAAGCCUUUCAGUCCCUGAAGCAGAUUGUGAAGGAGUACCUGUUGCUAGAGGAGCAGGAUGAUGGGGAAAACAACAGAGCAUCUCCUGACAACACCUCAGUGGGUCACGAACCAGAGGAAAAGCUACUUUCACCCCUGUCAAGGUCUACACCUCACUCAGCCAUGGCUCUUGAUCCAUCACAUUUGUCCUACAGGAACUAUUUCACCAAGAUCCAGGCAGAGCUCAGCCCACAGAAGAGCCCGGCAGAGCUAGCCUCCAUCGCAAGGCGAGAGCAGCUGGUGAGAGAGGCUAUAGUGGGGAAGAGUCCAGGGGUCUAUAGCCAGCUCUUCAAAAGCUCUGCUCAAACAGCACAGGUACAGAAUCAGGAGCCUGGUACCCGUGUGAGUGAAGACAGCAGCAGCUGGGACGAGUCUCGUGCUAGUUCUGCACUGUCCGUGCCCAGUUCAGCUGGGGCCUUGUCCAACCUAGUGGAGCCACUAGAUAUCUCUGUCCUGGGUCAAGCCUUGGAAACACCCAAAGGUCAAACUACUGAAGACCUCCCUCCUGGCACAGAUCAGAUGGAUUUGGUCGCGUCCUCGCCUUCUGACAGACGUCCUGGUUCCAAUGCUUUGCCCAUCCUGCCACCAAUCCCUACUGGACGCAAGACCCCUGCAGCAUCCAGCCCUGCUCCUUCACCCAGACCCAGCCCAAACCCAGCAGGAGGACAGGGAAGCGUGCAGACAAAGAUGGCUAGCACUGAAUCUGAAAUCUAAAAAUAUGUACAAAUGGAAAGUUACUGCUUGUUGAAGAAUAAAUGUUAUCCACAUUAAGAUAAAGUAAGAAGUAGCCAAUCAGUCAAUCUUACACUUUCUAGGUUAGAUUUCACUGUCAGCUCUUGCCUUUCCUGUGAUCUGUCUGUCUUGUAUCAACAUGUCUGGUUCUCUUUACUAUAUCUACCUGACAAGUGAUGGCCUUAAUAGUCAUAUACAAGGUGACUAUAAGGUAUAAUUACAGGAAAAGCGUUUCCUCUGUGUAGAAGACUGGCAUACUGGCCAUAAAGUAUACAUUGUUGAUAAAGAUUAUCAUUUGCAGACUGAUUGACGAGGAUGUCUUUCAGUUAUGAUGAAUAAAAGCGUGUUUAACAGAACUGCUCUUCUUUCUUUCUUUUUUUAACUUCUGGCUCAAAGUGUUAUCGGUUUCUCUUAAUGUCUGCAAAAGAAUGUGCUGAACGAUAUGAUCCAUGAUUAUAGCAUUGAUUUCCUUGGCAGUGAAGUGUUAUUAUAUUUCCUACUGUUCAGUAAUCUCAUCAAAUAGGAUUUGCCUUUGACAUCUAGCAGCUGAUCUGUUAUGCACAGCAUGGAACUCUUGUCAUUGGAUGAUAAAUACAUCAUUAAUCUUUAUCUCUUCUGAUGGGAUUAUUCAACUGGAAAUGUGCUCAUAUGGAAGUUGUUGACAGGUAUUAAACA